AAUGAAUAAAUAAAUCCCCAAAAAGAAAAGGGAGCUAUCGUUUACUUUGAAGGGGUUAUGAUGGCACAUAGGGCUGUCUGAGAAACAAUGGAGAACUUACGUCUUGUAGGAUGGGGACCAUUUGAAGGGCUCAUCUUAUUUUAUUUCUGAAAGUGUAGAAGUUUGGGGGACAGGAUUAAAAAAAAAAAAGCCUUCACCUUCUUUGAGUGUGCAAGUUGCCAUUUAUGCAGAUUACUAAUAAAGGAACCCCUGAAGAAAAAGAAAGUUUUCAUUUUGAAUCACAAGAACUAUUGAUAUCAUUUCCCCAUUGGUAAUUCCCUCAAACGUUUAUUGGGAACAAUUAGCCAAAUUUGUGGACUUCCUGAAUUUGACAUUUCAUUUUCUCUUCCUCCUUAGGAUCUAUGUCUGGGAAGGGCUUUUCACAGUUUCCUGUGUCUGAGUCCAACACCACAACAUUUCAACCUGCUGUCUUCACCCUCACUGGUCUCAGAGGGCUGGUGGGUGCACGUCUGUGGCUGGGACCACUUCUGAGCUUGAUGUACAUCUCUGCGAUGGUGGAGAACUGCACAGUGUUAUACUUAGUGAAAACUGAGCAUAUUUUACAAGAGCCCCAGUAUCUUUUCUUGUCUAUGUUGGCUGGAGCUGACAUUAUUCUCUCUGUCUCCACACUUUUCUCUGUACUCAAGGUCUUUAUCCUUGGCCUCUAUGAAGUUACAUUUGAUGGAUGCCUCAGCCAACUCUUUUUCAUCCAUACAUUCUCUUCCCUGGGCUCAGGAAUCCUAUUGGCCAUGGCCUUUGACCGUUUUGUGGCCAUCAGUCGCCCCCUACAAUACACCGCCAUACUCACCAACUCCCGAGUCACCAAAAUGGGACUGGCAGCUUUGCUGAGGGGUGUAACACUCAUGAUUCCAUUACCUAUCCUGCUCAAGAGGCUUCCUUUCUGCAAGGGCCAAACACUUGCCUAUUCCUACUGUAUCCAUCCAAAUGUCAUGAAGCUAGCUUGUGGCCAAGUCACAAUCAACAUUUUCUAUGGGUUGGUUCUAGUUAUGUUUUCUUUUGGAUUUGAUUUCCUGCUAAUAGCCAUUUCUUAUGUACUGAUCUUCAAAGCAGUGCUAGGUAUUGCCUCCAGAGAAGGCCAGAUGAAGGCACUCAACACAUGUUUGUCUCACAUCUUUAUUGUUCUUAUUUACUAUGGGCCUCUUCUGGCAAUUACUGUGAUGCAUCGAAUCAACCACAGAAGUUGUCCACUAGUCCAUGCUGUCCUGGGAAACAUCUACCUCUUUAUGCCUCCAUUGCUCAACCCAAUAAUGUACAGCCUGAAGACUAAGCAGAUCCGUGCUGCCCUGAGGAAAUAUUUCAAGAUCCAGAGAAGUUGAAGAUUUAGGGAACUUAAUAUCUGUUUAUGGUGACCUGGUGGUAUAGUGAUUAAGCACUCGGCUGCUAACUGAAAGAUGGGUGGAUCAAACCCGUCAGCUGCUCUGUGGGAGAAAGAUACGGCAGUCUGCUUCUGUAAAGAUUGCAGCCUUAGAAAUCCUAUGGGGCAGUUCAGUUCUGUACUGUAGGUAGGGUCCUAUGAGUUAGAAUCAACUUGACAGCAAUGGGUAGAAUGGUUGUCUUAGUCAACUAGUGGUGCUGUAACAGAAACACCACAAGGGGAUGGCUUUAACAAAGAGAAAUUUAUUUCUUCACAGUAAAGUAGGCUAAAGGUCCAAAUUCAGGGAGUCAGCUCCAGGGGAAGGUUUUUUCUCCUUGUAGGCCUUCUCAUCAAUCUUCCCCCUAGGAACUCCAGGUCCAAAGUAUGUGUUCUUCUCUCAGUGCUUCUUUGUUGAUGGCAUGAUGUCCCUCCCCUCUGCUCGCUUCCCUUUCCUUUUAUCUCUAGGAAGAUAAAAGGCGUUACAGGCCACA